AAAAAUAAAUAAUCAUCAACAAUAAGAAUAUUAGAAUCAUACAAAGUUUUGCAUACUCUUAUAUUCUAGUAGUUCCUUGCUUCUUUCCUCGUCCUCUUCUUCCUUAUCUUUGUUCUCUUUUGUUGUUUGGAAUAUUAAUUUUGAACAAAAUUAACAUGGUUUUUGCUACACUUUUGCUAGUGGUUCUUUUCAUUGCUGGUCUAAUAAAUAUAGUCUUUUACAUACCCACCAACAAAAUUCGUUCUUUGCUUCAAAAAAUAUUUCCCAACAACAACAUUAAUAAUGCUCCCAAAUCCAACUUGGUUACAACGACCAAGUUGGAUAAAGAUGCUAAUUUUAGGAAGGAAGAACUCAAAAAGGUGUUUUCGACUUUCGACAAGAAUGGUGAUGGGUUCAUAACAAAGCAAGAUUUGAAGGAAUCAUUAAGGAACAUAAGAAUCUUCAUGAAUGAGAAAGAGAUUGAUGAUAUUGUUGUGAAAUUUGAUUCAAAUGGAGAUGGUUUGAUUGAUUUUGAGGAGUUUUGUUUGUUGACUAGUGAGUCUUUAGGAGGGGGUGAAGAAAAGAAAGAGGGUGUUGUUGGUAGUAAGGAAGAUGAAUUGGAAGAAUUAGAGGCUAAUUUGAAGGAGGCUUUUGAAGUGUUUGACAAAGAUAAAGAUGGGUUAAUUUCAGUUGAGGAGCUAGCUUUGGUUCUAGGUUCAUUGGGAUUAAGGGAUGGGAACAAGAUUAAUGAAGAGUGUAAAGAGAUGAUUAGGAAAGUUGAUGUGGAUGGAGAUGGUAUGGUCAAUUUUAAUGAAUUCAAGAGAAUGAUGAUGAACAAAGGAGGAAGGCUGGUAUGAUUACAACCUAUUUGACACCGGCACGAUAACGGUACAUCCAGUGUUAUAUAUUCAAUCACUUUUAUUUUCUUAAAUUAUUAGCGAUAUCUAAUUUCAGUAUCGGUAUGGUAUUUAAUUAGUGUGUGUGCCGUGCUUCAUAGAAGACAAGACACCAACAACAUCAUACAUGUAUAUUUUGCAUAACAGCAAGAAAAUGGUGCUUUGAUGUAGUAUCUGUAAAUUCUUGAUUAGUUUCCAAGUUUCUAGAUAUGUAACGAUGACCUACUAUUAUUCUU